AUGUCCUUCCCCUGGACGAUCAUGCGCGUGCACGGCGUCUCCAUGGCCCCCUUCUUCAACACCAACUCCUCCCCAGAACUACCCCCGGCGGCGCCGGACCUGAUCCUCGUCCAAACGGUACACAGUCUCGGCGAGGUGUCCCCUAUGUUCCGCGUGCCCAGGUUCAAACUCCAUCGCGGCCAGGUCGUCGUGUACUACACGCCUCAUGACCCCAACACGAUCGCUGUGAAGAGAGUCGUGGGUUUGCCGGGUGACAAGGUGACGCCUCUGCCCGGAUACAACGGCGGGGAUGACUGCCCUGUGAUUAUCCCGUACAACCACAUCUGGGUAGAAGGCGACGCGAACAACCGCGACAAGUCCAUCGACUCGAACCAUUUUGGCCCCAUCAGCCAGAACUUGGUCUGCGGCGUCGUGCUCGCCGUGUAUGUGCCCGGCCUGAACUGGCCCGUGUGGCUUGACCGGGACGAGAGUGAUACCCCCGCAAAAAAGGACGCGAGAGUGCAGGAGGAUGUUGUCGGCAGCGCGAGGCUCGAUCCCGACGAACAAGCGGUGCAGAGCGAAGAUCCGUUCAGGAGUGGCGGGGCUGCAUUGGAACUGGCCAUGAUUAGGCGGAACAGGGAGCUGAUGCCGGCCAAGUUACGCGCCAGGGGGAUGCUCGAGCGGUAUCAUUCUAUCCAUGCGUUGGCGAAGGCAGAAGUUGUAAAGGGGGAUGCGAGCACGAGGAGCGUGGCGGAGGGGUUGGUGGAGGAGUUGGAGAUCGCUUUCGAGAGCGUCGGGCUCAACAAGGAUGGCGGGCGGGUGGCGCCCGUGGUCAAGCCGCGGUGGCAGCAGGCCGGAGAGGAGGGCGAGAGCACUGCGGACAAGGAGAGGAGGCUUCAGGAUUAUCUCGCGCGGCAGCGCACUGUAUAG